AUGGAACGCGAGAUUGUGUCUGUGCCGGAGGGGGAGGAUCAGGAGACCUGCGCCCUGCAAGGCCGGACAGCGUCUACGUUCCAUCGGCUGCUGGCGCCGUUCGAGGACCUGCAGCCGGGAGAGGAGCGCCAGGAGCGGGUGUGCGCCGAGGGGCGGGUGGUGGUGAAGCGGCUGCUGGGCCGGCGCCUGGCCUUCUUCGACCUCCAGAGCCUCGCGCCGGGCGAGGACGCCGUCCUCCAGCUCCGCUUCAUCCUCCCCGCGUGGCAGGGUCCUGCCCCUGAUGGCGAUCAUGUCGCGGAGGAGAGGGAGAAGGAGCGGGAGCGCAGCUUCUGGUGGACCACGAAGAACGUCAAACCGGGCGACGUCGUCGAGGCGGAGGGCUUUCCGGAGCGGACGACGGCGGGUACGCUGAGCAUAACGGUGACGAACCUGCGCUUGGUGAAGCAGUGGGUGGAGACGGCCACGGCUGCCAGCGGCAGCGACGCCUGCUGUCCGGCCAAUAAGCGGGGCAAACACUUCACCCCACGCCGGCGUUCGCCCGAUGAGAGCAAGAAUCCGACGUACGUGUCCCGCCAUUCGGCCAUCGUCCCUGAGCGCGCGGUCUCUGCCGACGGCAGUGCGAUACCCCCGCUGUGCAAGUUUUGGUGGAAGGGCAAGUGCGAACACGGCGAGCGGUGCAAAUACCGACACGCGUUUGUGAGCGAGGCGGAGCGGGAGCGUAUCGAGGAACACCGGCGGGAGAAGGCCGAGAUCAGGCAGAAGGAGCACGACCCCUCCGACCCGUUCGAGGACAAGCUCCCUCGAUCCGCCCGCGCCAAAAUUUUCCGGGAGUGGUUGGUAAAGACGUUCGGGGCGGAGCGGUUGCGUGAGGGGAGCGGAGUGGUGGACGUGGCGGGAGGCAAGGGCUACCUCUCCUUCCAGCUGCAGUGCACCGGCCACGACAUCCCCACCACCCUCAUCGAACCUCGCCUUGCCAAGCUCAACAAAAAGCAGAAAAAACAGUUGAAGAAACAGAAGAAGCCGGCGUUCCGCCAGAUCUGCACGUGGUUCGAGCCUGGGCUGUGGACCCCAACGGACGAAGGAAACGGGGGCGGUGAGGAGACCGCUGCUGCCUCGCCGCAGCAGCCGGCGACGGUGGCCGAGGUGGAACGGCUCGCACCCGCGGCAGCGCGCGCUAUUCUCCGGGACUGCUCGGCGGUGGUGGGCCUGCACUCGGACCAGGCCACCGAGCCCAUCGUGGACUUUGCGCUGGCGCACAACAAGUGCUUCGCGGUGGUGCCCUGCUGUGUCUUCCCCGAGCAGUUCCCCGACAGACGAACGAAGGACGGGCGACUGGUGGUGGUGACGGACGACUUCAUUCGGUACCUCAUGGAGCGGGACCCGCGCAUCCAACUCGCCUACCUGGAGAUGGAGGGAAGGAACAAGGUGGUGUACAUGCUCCCCUGA